UCCAAGCGGAUCCUCCGUUUGUUGAUGGGUUAGUAGUGCUUUCUUCUUCCGUGUUGCCUACCAGAAGAAGUAGCAGGAGCCAAAGCGAAAGUCAAAUCGGGAUUUCAGCUUCGGUUUAACCGUCAUUUCAGCUUACUUUGUCGUUUUCACGCUUUUUCUCUCAUCCGACGACCGCGUUGCUGCUAGCUUUGGAAAAUGGAUCCUAUUUGGACGAGCUAACUCUGGCACCGGUGGCGGCGGAUUCUGCUCUUCUAACUAGGUGAUGUCAACUUCGGUAUAGUCAUCUCUGUCACUUCCGUGGCUGGCUUUGCUGUCGUCGCCACCGUCGCCUACUCUCUUAGGUAACAGAAAAAGGGGGAAAAUCGAUCAGGGAGCUUGGAUUGGUUUUGAAUAUCACUUAUGUAAAGUAGGCAAAAUAGAAAUCGAUAUGCUUACGGAACAGAAACCAUUGAUGAAAGCUUUGCGGCGAAGUCACACGGCUUCUUCAUCAUCAUCCUCAUCAUCGGCGUCAAAUACUUCAUCUUCUACAUCGUUAUCUUGGAUUCAUUUGCGAUCGGCUUUAUUAGUCGUUGCAUCUCCCUCAUCAUCGUCAUCUUCCUCAUCUUCUUCCCAACCACUUCAAACUGAUCGGGGUAGCCUAAAAUCACCUUGGUCUCACAGGAGAAGAAAACACGCCCUUCUACCUAAACAGUGGAAGAAUUUGUUCACUGCAGACGGGAAACUCGUUGAUGGUGGUGUCAAGUUUCUGAAGAAAAUUCGAAGCGGAGGUGUUGAUCCUAGUAUUAGAGCAGAGGUGUGGCCAUUACUCCUUGGAGUAUAUGACUUCGACAGUUCGAAGGAAGAAAGAGAUUCCUAUAGAAGUCAGAAACGGAAAGAGUAUGAAAGCUUGAGGAAACAGUGCCGCCAAAUCCUUAAACGUCUUGAGAAGAGUGGUAAGUUGAAGGGAACUGCUGGAAACAUCUGCAGUGAGGACAUUGGAAAUUUCAGUCAAGUUCUUGAUUAUACAGGCUUAGAGGAUGUGGUUAGUAGGUCCCACUCCACUGAUGGAGGAAGCCCAGUGGUUGAUGAUUCUGAUCUCCCGUUCUAUGAUCACAGGCAUCCAACCCUGUUAUCCUCUGAUUCAUUUCUGGAGAGAGUUGUUGGCAAGAGUGUAGUCAGUAGUCAAGAUGCCUGUACUGGUGAAACAGAAUCAUCUGAUUCUGACUCUUCUGAAGACCAUGAAAACACCCCUCUCCUUUCCUCGGAAAUAACCGAGGAAAGUAAUAUUCAUAAAGAUGAUAAUGAUAGUUCCCCUCCCUCCCAGAUAGAAGGCAGGUCUGCAUCCCAUACUGAUGAAGAUUUUGCCACAUGGAGGAGAAUCAUCCUCCUUGAUGCUGUGAGGGCAAAUGACGACUGGAUCGUAUACACCCCGUCCCAGGCUGCAGUAUCUCCCGUCAUCUCAGUGGUAGAGGAUGACUCUGAGGCCUUCUGGUGCUUUGCAGGUUUCAUGAAAAGAGCUCGUCACAAUUUCCGACUUGAUGAGAUGGGCAUUAGAAGACAGUUAAACAUCGUGUCCAAGAUUAUCAAGUGUAAGGAUAAUCAUCUAUAUAGACACCUGGAGAAGCUUCAAGCCGAAGACUGCUUCUUUGUGUAUAGAAUGGUUAUAGUUCUUUUCAGAAGGGAGUUAAACUUUGAGCAUACUCUUUGCCUCUGGGAAGUGAUUUGGGCAGACCAGGCAGCGAUCCGUGCCAGUAUUGCAAAGUCUGCUUGGGGGAGGAUGAGACUUCGAGCUCCCCCUACCGAUGAUCUUCUGCUUUAUGCAAUAGCAGCUUGUGUCUUGCAAAGGAGGAAAAUGAUAAUAGAGAAGUACAGUAGCAUGGAUGAGAUAAUGAGAGAAUGCAAUAGUAUGGCCGGACAUCUCGACGUCUGGAAGCUUCUCGAUGAUGCCCACGACUUGGUGGUCAACCUGCAUGACAAGAUUUAGGUCCAAACACCACUCUGCUUCUUUUUCUUUUUCUUUUUUUUUUCACUGAUUUUUCACCUCUAAACUUCUUGCAACAUUUAUGGAUAUCCCUAAACUAAGGAAUCCAAGUUAUUUGACAUUUCUGCUUGAAACAAGCGUUUAGUAGGCGAAUUCCCUGAACUAAGAAAAAUAUGAGAUUUACAUUUAUUAUGUUAUCUUGCCCGCGCUCAAUACUUGGUCUGGGUGAUGGUGGCAACGCUGAGAAAUCAGCUAUUUAGAAGGCUCCUUUAGCUUUGCUUGCUUGCAAUUAUUGAACGAC